AUGGCGGACGAUCUCGACGCCCUCCGCGCGCUCGAGCGCGAGUUCCUCGCCCGCGGUGAGGCCCCGAGCGCGCGCGUGGUUCGACGCGCCCCGCGAUCGGCGACGGACGAUGACGGCGACGACGCCGACGCGGGCGAUGCGAUGCGCGCGACUUUGGACGCGCGCGACGACGCGACGGCGACGACGACGGCGACGACGACGAGAGACGUGGGCGCGGUGUCGUCGACGGUGAUGCGAGACGUCGUGGAGCGCGCGGUGGGGGGGCGGGACGCGGGGGACGCGGCGGCGGAUGCGCGCGUCGCGGAGCGGAGGCGAGAGAGCGCGAAGACGGGAUUUCCAGAGGUGAAACAUCGAAGUGAGACGAAUUUUGGACGGAAGACGAGUCGGUUCGCGGCGAGAAAGGCGGCGAUGCGGGCGGGGGGGGCGGAGGCGUCCGGGGGGGGGGGAGAUGAGCCGGCGGGACGGGCGCCGACGGCGCGCGCGAGAGCGGACCCGGAGAAGGAAGACGCGAGCAUCAACGAGGAGAACGAGCGCAUUCUGUCGGUGAUGUCGCCGGCGGCGAUAAAAGACGCGCAAGAUGAGCUCGCGGGGAGAUUGAGCGCGAAGACGCUGGAGUUUUUGCGUAAUCGUGGGGUCAAUAAGGCUGAGUCAAAGGGAGCAGUCGCGCAGGCGAAAGGGGCGCCGAAACGGGCGAGAGAGCGAAGUGACGCCGCCGCGGAGGCGUCAGCUCGGACGAAAGCGGUCACUACGGUUGGUGUCGAGCACGUGAGAUUCGCCCUGGACGGCAAGCCUCUUUUGAGCGCGUCGAUGGACGUCUUGACCUCGGCGCUGGACGAUUCGACGCCGACGCCGUUGCCUACGGAACGCGAUCCCUUACGCGCGGGUGAGGGAGUAGACAUCGGUUACACGGUUCAGGAGGCGUGCGCGCUCACUCGUAGUAGCGUGAACACGCAGCGCGUGAUGGGUUUGCAGAUUAUCGGUAAGAUUACGCGUCUCGCGAGAUUAUGGAGUUUCGAGGCGGCAGAUCCUUUACCGCCAGACGAAGACGCUAUGGACGUCAAUGGUGCGCCAAGACUGCCCAACGGCGUCACGUGGGCGAGUGUGUGGGUGUAUAUUACCGUCGAUUGCGCCAUAAUCACGCUCCUUAGGCGAGCAUUGGACGACACACACAUGCAAGCAAACGUCGCGGCUCUUUCGGCGAUUCACGCACUGUGCGGAGGUAUUGGCGUCGGCGGUUCAGACGGAUUAGAAGCUCAACUCGUCGAUGCGAUCGAAAGUUUCGCACCGAUCGAUCCUAGCGAUCUCAUUUAUCUGGCACCGCUGUGGAGGUCUGAACCCGACAGCGCUCCGUGCGGUGGCUCUGGUUUCCAACCCAUCGCGUGGGAGUACGCGGUGGAGGAGAUUCGGCUCACAGAGGAUUCCACAGUCGAGCUCGCGGAGGAACCGGACCAAGUUGAAGAGGGACUCAAUCAAAAGAUGAUGGAAAGGCGACAGGCGACGGAGCAAGCGGCAGAUCCCGUCGCGGCUCUUCUGCGCAUGGGUAUCUUGCAGCGCAUGAGAUAUCUACUCGAGAUGGAGCGAACGCCUCAGGCAGAGGUGCUCGCACUUGAGUUGCUCGCCACCUUUGCGCGACACAGUAAAGCCGCGGCAGCGGCGGUGACUCGAUGCCCGCGCCUUGUACCGACUCUCAUCGCGCGAAUCAAAGAUUCGUGCUCCGGGUCUUCACAAGGCUCUCCCACAGAGCCACCGACGAUUGGUCUGGCACACGUCGUUCGCGUUUUGAGGUUGAUUUCGCAAACUGACGCGGAAAUUGCGAAGGAUCUCGUCAAAGAAGGGGUGCUUAAGAGCGCAAUUCAAGCAGCCAUCACGUUCGGUGGUGUCAGUACGGACACCAAAGGCAACCAGAAGGAGCGUCCUCGCGGGCACGCGGCGAUUAUUUGGAGAGAAACACUCCGCCUCUGGGCGAGUAUUUCGGGAUGGGGACUAAACACGCCUGCGUUUGACGCAGUACACCCUCUGAUUGCGCCGUGGAUGGAAAUUUCCUCCGUCGACAAUGUGCUCGCAAUUGAUGUUUUCGCACUGUUGACGACACUGUCGAAGUCUCUUCCGCUUGAGGGUGGCGCCGACGACGCCGGUCCGCCUGCAGAGAUGGAAAUCGUCGACACGGAGAAGACGCUGUCCUGGAGAUGCGCGACGGCUGCGGCAAAGUGUGCUGAAGCUUGGAUUCUGUCAAAAGAGAGGGAUAACGAGCAUCUCUACACGAUUGCAAAUGCAGGACGUUUCAUCGCCGCGCUCAUUGCGCGAUCGCCGAACGACGCUCAAGCCCUUGUAUCUCGAGUCCUCGGAUCUCCCAACAGCGUUUCAGGCGCCAUGUCGCCUUCGGGCGUUCUGGGCGACGCGUUAUCGCAGCUCGAUUUGCUCACCAUGGAAUGUACCGCUUCUACGGAUUUCAGUGAAUCGAAUAUUCAGCUGUCUGCGUGGGGUUCGGUCCUGCACAGCAUUCUUCUCCUCACAAUUGUCUCGCCCAAUGUUUGGGCUGAACAAGGCGUAACAACGUUGGCGUCACAUAUCGUGAAAAAGUUCGGGACGAUGCGCGGUAGACCGAACCCACGCAAAAGAAGUAGUGUCGACGAUUCAAUUCGUCGCUCUAGUGGCGACGUACGCUUUUCUUUUGACUUGACAUCCGAGCGUCGUCGUUCGGUGUCCGAAAUAGGCCUUCCAACGGGUGAUUUCAAUGAAGAUGAAACUCCGACUACUUGGAUGGGUAAGCAACCCAUCGUUGCUGCUUCAAAGCUCGCGCUACAGCGUGCCGUCGUUGUUGCCAUGGAAAUAUUGGACAAGGCCUUCUUGCAGUGCAGCGCUUCAGCAGGCGGAAAAUCUCAAAGUCCAUCCAGGCUCGGAAGUCCAUCCAGAAUGUCUGGAGGCGAGGACAAGACCGACUUGCAGUGUGACGUGGCUGCGACAGUAGAUGCCGCUCUAGGACUCAUCGCAUCUUUACCUCCCGGAUCAGGUGUGAUAGCUUCGCAGGCUCUUAGCGCAGGGAUUUACUCGGUCAGAGUCUUAGCACCACUGCUUCGCAAGACGAAAAACGCUCUUGCCGACGCCGAGUCAGUCAUACAGAACUCCGAUGAAGACGAAAGACAACGACUCGCGAUUCGAGAAACGGGUGUGGUCCUCGCUGCGGCGUCGGUGGCACUCGUACCACCGGCUGAAAUCACUCGCGAAGCUCUCUUGGGAGGAUUUGCUAUGGAAAUGACCACGCCUGCGGAGGCCAAGGCAAUGUCUUCGCCGGGUGCGUGCGUCCCGGUGGGAUCACUGCUGCCGGCACAUCCGCUAUGGUAUCUGGCGCCGUGUUCUCCUCGAACGACUAUCCAGGGCUGGGGUACCGCUGGCGUCGCCUGCUCUCUGUCCCUUUUGAUGGGUAUGGAGCUCGCGAAGGUCCCACGAGUGCGCGCGAUUCGACCCGCAUUGAAGAUGAGCGCUAUCGGCGCGGUGUACACGCAAGGACCAAACGUGUGGCGAGACCCUGCCGUGAGCGCCCCGCUCGGGCUGCUCACAGACUUGUACUGGCGCCGCAUGGUGAAGAACUACAUUCAAUCGUAUCAUCAAGGCGUCCGAGGAUACAGUAUGGACCUCGGGUCGUUUGCGUCGGAAGGCGUUGGCGGCUUGAACGAUCCGCUGAGUGAAGCGCGAGGUACAGGCGAUGCAGCCGCAGCUGCGGCCAUUGUGAAUGCGUUUGCGGCUGAAAGCUUCGGUGAUGUACUGUUUGCAAGACACUGUGCGAUGUGGCUCCGCGUCCGUGUCUCGCCGAAAGCGCGUGCGGCUGCUUGGAUCGCGUUGAGCGAAGGCAUGGCGCUUCAUCUCAUGCCGUGCACAAACGCAAUGGUACCUCCUGCGGCGGCGUACGUCUUCUUCCCUCCAGGUGGCGAACCGGACCCGACGAUGCGCGAAAUUUACAUCAAGAGCAUCGAGUCAGGCUCUCUCGAUAAGGCGCUGAGCGGAUGGGCCGGUGAGACAUACCCGACUGAAGGGAAAAGCUCGCCACCGAUCACCGCGGCGCUCGCCAUUCACGCUCUCGCGCAUGUUAUUCUCUCUCCUGGCCAGGGUGCGGAUAUGGCUGUCGAGACGCUGCAACGCAUCCUGAAUAGACCGAAUACAUCGGUCGUGCUUCGCGCGCUCAUGCACACGCCUUUGACGAUCAAGCGCCGUCCGUCGUUUGCAUGCACGUCUGUCGGCGCUCACAAGACACCGUUCGGCAACGGUUUCGUGUACGGAAAACGUGGUCAAGACAUAGAUAUCCCACCGAGACGUACGCUUCUUCUUGACGUGUGCGGUAGUAACAGAGUACUCAUCGCAAAGGUUGAAAACGCGUUCGUUGAGGCCGGAUUGAUGAACAGUGAUGCCAUCUCCGCCUUGACGGCGACGCUUUCUUCGAGUGCAAAAAUUACCGAAACGAGCGGCUUCUACAAGCCGUCGUCUUAA